AUGAAUGAGCCAAUUCAGUCGUACCAGUGCGUCAAUGUCUACCAGACGUCGGCCACCUCGGAGAACAUGAGCCGACAUGACAUGCUCAACUGGGUGAACGAAUCUCUGGACGCUGACUACAAGAAGGUGGAAGAACUUUGCUCGGGUGCGGCCUACUGCAACUUCAUGGACAUGCUCUUCCCCGGCAGCAUUCAGCUGAAGAAGGUCAAGUUCCGUACGAACCUCGAGCACGAGUACAUUCAGAACUUCAAGAUUCUGCAGGCUUCCUUUAAGAAGGUUGGAUGUGAUAAGGAAAUCAUGAUAAAUAAACUCGUCAAGGGCCGCUUCCAGGAUAACUUUGAGUUUCUGCAGUGGUUCAAGAAAUUCUUUGAUGCCAACUACGAUGGGCGCGAGUACAACGCCACUGAGGCCCGUGGACGACAGGCAAUUGCCACCAGCAGCAGCUCGGUCGCCUCUGUGGGCAUCACCAAAUCGGUGCCAUCCAAGCCGGCGCCCCGCCCGGCCACCUACGGCAGCAAGAUUGGCGGUGGGCCAUCCAACCCAGUGAGGAAUGCCUUCGCCAACAACGGUCGCAAGAAUGACUACGACUCGGAGGUGAAGAAGGUGGAGGAGAAGAUGCAGGAAAUCAACCUGCUGAAUGACACUCUCGCCCGAGAGCGAAACUUCUACUUUAACAAGCUGCGCGAAAUUGAAGUGCUCAGUCAAGCUGAGUCCACCAGCGAAUCGGAGAAGGAGUUCAAGGAACAGGUGCUGAACAUUCUCUACGCCGUUGAAGAUGGGUUCACCUCGCCAGGCACUGCUG